AUGGCAGUCUCGCCACUAGUUCCUCAAUCACCCGCGGUCGUAUCCUAUAACAGUGCUGGAACAAACUUGAAAAUUACUGCCGAGAGCUCAGCUGCUGGACAAAAAAAUGCGCCGUCCCCUCAGCUCGUGCAACAUGCCUCUGACCGCGAGAUAACUGAGCAGAUGAAUGAUGAGGUGAGGCACAAGUACAUAAAAAGUAAGAAGCUCGGUGAGGGUACGUACGCUGUUGUCUAUCUCGGCCACCUCCGAACCGACCCAACAUCAUUCGUUGCUAUCAAGAAGAUUAAGGUCAAUACCGAAUACAGAGAUGGGCUUUCGAUGGAUGCCAUUCGCGAAGUAAAAUAUCUGCAGGAGCUUUCACAUCCGAACAUCAUUGCCCUCCAUGAUGUCUUCUCUUCCAAGGAUCAGAACCUCAAUCUGGUUCUAGAAUACUUGCCGCGCGGUGACCUGGAGAUGUUAAUUAAAGAUACCAAUAUUCAUUACGGUGUUGCUGAUGUUAAGGCGUGGAUGGGUAUGCUUGCCAGAGGGGUCUGGUUUUGCCAUGAAAACUUCGUGUUGCACCGCGAUAUCAAACCAAACAACUUGCUCAUCGCCUCUGACGGGGAGGUCAAACUAGCGGAUUUUGGCUUGGCUAGAUCGUUUGCAGACCCUCAUGGGAGAAUGACGCAUCAGGUUAUUACCCGAUGGUAUAGGCCGCCCGAGCUUCUCUAUGGAGCGCGUCAUUACUCCGGUGCCGUUGAUGUCUGGUCUAUGGCCAUGGUGUUUGCGGAGCUUCUUCUACGAGUUCCAUUUGUCGCUGGAAAUUCGGACGUUGACCAGAUUACCAAAAUCUGCGCUGCAUUUGGCACCCCCUUGGAGGAAAAUUGGCCGGGUGUCUCCAAGCUGCCAAACUAUAUCCCCGCGGAUAAAAACAACACCGUACCUGUACAAGGCCGAGAUUUCUUCAUCAGGCAAUUCCCAAUAGCUGGCCCAGUCGGCGCAGAUUUGCUCAUGUCCAUGUGUGCGUUAGAUCCAAGAAAACGGGCCACCGCAUACCAGAUCCUUCGACACAGCUGGUGGGCCACGGAACCUAGACCAACGAACAAAGAAGACCUCCCCCGAAAGUCCGGUGGAACCAAGAAGAUGGGUGACGAUUUGACCCGACGCGGCGGAGAGUUAGACGAUCCAUUUAAGGGUGCUGCUCGACAAUUAGAUUUCGGGGCCAUGAAGGAUUAA